AUGACAAAGCAGGAGCAGUGCAAACACGGACCUCUGCAACUUGAGAGUGAAACAGCUAUACAACGUAUAUCAGAGUCAGUCUAUGUGGGACUUUGUCAGGAAGUGGGAACCCCCCAACUAGAGGCCAUGAGGAGAGAUGUGGAAAACAUCAAAGAUAUGGUGGAAAAUCAAGUGAAAACAAAAGGUGAGGAAAGUGUAAUGGUGAGUGGAAGUCACAAAGAAGGAUUUAGAUUGAAAACAUCAGAUUUAGACAUUAUGUCGUGGCCAAAUGAUCACUGUGUAAUCUGGGAAUUUUCUCAGUCUCGGUAUUACAACACACACAGAAAAACACUUAUCCUCUGUGACUCUUCUCAUAGUCCACCAGGAUUUACUUUGUUAUAUUUACUAGCAUCAAGCAUGGACAGGGAGAUUCAGAGAGCCUGUGUUAGAAUGAACAACAGAAAUUUUGUAUCUAGUUCUAAGUACAGACAGAUCAUGUGUUCAUUAUCACUUCUCUCCACUCAACAUGGACCCUGUGUCAGUGGAACACUCGGAACAACAGAAUAUGAUCAAGCCCACUGUUUUGCUUGCGACUUUUGGCCUCCAUCUGCCUCCUCAUGGAUAGACAGAUGUCACUCAUGGCCCCCGGCUCAUAUUGUUGAUAAUAUAGUAAAACAUGGAUGCCACUUUGUAGCAGUUGGAAAUAAGCUAGGAAGUUAUGACGAUCAUGAAUGGAGAAUUUCAUUCUCUGUGGCAGAACAAAAACUAGUGUGUGCAAUGAGCCACUGUCAAUUCUUAACUUAUGGCUUGCUUAAAUUGUUCUUAACAGAAAUAAUUAACAAUGGACUCAGUGAUUAUGAUAAAUUACUGUGUUCCUAUCACAUGAAGACAUCAGUUUUCUGGGUGAUUCAACAAAAGAUAUUGUGUCAUUGGUGUCCCAAUAAUCUUCUUGGGGGUUUCUGGGCCUGUUUUAAACUCAUCCUCAAAUGGGUGUAUGAGGGGGUCUGUCCUAACUUUUUCAUUCCAGAUAACAACAUGUUUCUUAGUAAAAUCUAUGGUGACAAACAAAAUCAAUUAUUUGAUAGACUUUGUGGGUUAUAUGAAAAGGGUUUAGCAUUCCUGAUACUACACAGUUCUUCAGUAAGAUCUUAUCUUUUAAAUCUCCUUCAUAACCCCAGACUCUCCAUCUAUACAGAUGAGCAUACUCUGAUUUCUGAAGCUGAGUUUGAUAAAAACCUAUUCAAAGUCGAAAUAGACGAACAAGACACAGUUUGUUAUCAAUCGGACAUACAAAGGUGUAUGAGAUAUCUACAUUCAAUAGAACAGAUAAUAGGUUUUUCCCUCUUUACACAUUAUGAAGUAAUGAUGCUUCAGAAAUUAACAGCUACUGUCCUUCAGAACAGUGCUUUUAUGUUACAAAUGGAAACUUACACACAUAAAAAUAAACUGAGGUAUAGAGCUGACAAAAUCUCCUGUCAUAUGCUGAAAUUAGCAGCGAAGUUUGGUUAUAUUACUGACAUGCUGUACGUAGCCUUGUAUCAUUACAGGACACUUAAAUUUAUUGAGGUUUUAUCUAUUAUAGAGAUGAUUAAGGUCAAAUUAGCACAGCCAUAUGUGAUGUAUAUGAGUAACGUAGAUACAGAGAUGUACACUGAGGCUGUAGGCGGGCAGUCCUGGUCUAUAAAAAUGAGAAAUGCUGUCGCAAGGUAUAUCAGACUUGACGAUGAAAUCCAUUACAUAAAUGAAUUGAUACCAGAACAACAGUCUGCUCUUCAGAAUGACAUGUCUAUAUUAUUUGUACCACCGUUUGUACUGUUAUACAUGCUAGAAAUUUUGUGCUACAGACAAGUAGACACAAUGAGAGUACAAACAGCUCUAGAUGAUCUUCAGACCCUAGUUCACUAUGAUGACGGACACCUUAUACCUACAUCAUACAAAGACAUAUCGUGGCAGAUUCUGGGAAUCUGUCAACAGGUGACAGGAAACCUCCAGUCUGCUCUAUACUCAUAUCAACAAUCUCUCAGACAAGAACCAUACCACAAUAUACAAACAGCUACAACAAAGAGAAUACAGGAAGUUUGUUGA